AGGAGAGAACGCCUCUCUCCCUCUAUCUCAUUCUCUCCCUAAAAAAAUUUAACACGAAAUCUUUCUUUCCCUUCCUUUUCUCUCUCCUCUCUCUCUCUCUCUCUCUCUCUUUCUCUCUCUGUGCAGCGGAGAAGCUCGCCGGUUUCUCUUCUCACCUUGACCUUCCUCUCUGGGGUACAUAUCCUUUUUGUUUUUGGGCUUUGAGGUGGGACGGGCAACGGCUCCCGGGCGGCUGAGGGGGGGGAAUGGGGGUCGCCGCGGCUGCUCCAACGGAGACUGGCUGGUGAUGGAGGCGGCGGUUUCGGGAUGGCUUACGAUGCCGGAAUUCCCAUGCCCCGGGCGUCCGUGACGGAAGAACCCUCUCUGUCACCAUCUCUCAGCGACGAUUCAAUGUGGCAAAUUAACUUGAGAACAUCGAGUGAAGCAGUAGAAAGUGGACCCUACCCUGAGCGACCGGGGGAACCAGAUUGUUCUUACUACAUCAGAACAGGACUCUGCCGGUUUGGGGCCACAUGCCGAUUUAAUCACCCUGCUAACAGGAAGCUGGCAAUAGCUAAUGCAAGAAUGCAUGGAGAGUACCCAGAAAGAAUUGGGCAGCCAGAGUGUCAGUAUUACCUGAAGACAGGGACCUGCAAAUUUGGAGCCACCUGCAAAUUUCACCAUCCUAGAGAUAAGGCGGGUAUUGCAGGAAAAGUUUCCUUAAAUGCUAUAGGCUAUCCAGUUCGUCCGAAUGAGAUGGAGUGUGCUUAUUAUUUAAGAACGGGGCAGUGCAAGUUUGGUAGCACCUGCAAGUUCCACCAUCCUCAGCCUGUUAACAUGAUGGUUUCAUUACGAGGGUCUCCUGUCUACCCUUCUCUCCACUCUCCUACAACUCCGAGUCAGCAGUCGUACUUGGGAGGAGUCACAAAUUGGUCGAGAGCAUCUUUCAUUGCAAGUCCUCGUUGGCAAGGCCCUUCAAGCUAUGCUCCCCUCAUUCUCCCCCAGAGCAUGGUUUCUGUUCCAAGCUGGAAUACGUACAGCGGCCAAUUAGGGACUGUCUCGUCACCAGAUAACCAGCUUAAAAUGGCAGGAAGCAAUCAGAUGUAUGGAACUUCACAUCAGAGCGACACGAUGAGCGCAGGAUCUCAGGGGCCGUUCUCUCCUUACAGAUCGAGAUCGGUCCCGCUCGGUUUCUAUGCCUUGCAGCGGGAGAAUAUCUUUCCAGAGAGAGCAGGUCAGCCAGAAUGCCAAUUCUACAUGAAGACGGGCGAUUGCAAGUUCGGUGCAGUUUGCAAGUUUCAUCAUCCUAGAGAAAGACUGAUCCCUCCUCCUGACUGCCUCUUAAGCCCCAUUGGCCUUCCUUUACGUCCGGGAGAACCUCUGUGCAUCUUUUAUUCCCGUUAUGGUAUCUGCAAGUUCGGCCCGAGUUGCAAGUUCGACCACCCUAUGGGUAUCUUUGGGAACAACCUCUCCGCAUCCUCUUCCUCUAUUUCCCCUCUCCGACUGCUGUUUGCAUCAUCCCCAGGAACUACUGCAUUAGCCCUAUCGUCAGAUGGGCUUGUCGAUGCAGGCCAGGGAAGGCCCAGGAGACUCUCGUUGUCAGAGACGAGGCAGAUGCCACCGAAUGAUGACUCCAUUGACACCGAGGGAUAAAUAUCGACACCCCUCGAGAGAAGUUUUGGAGGGUAGAGAGAGGACAGAGAGGAGGAGUUAUAAUCUAUUAGUGGUGAUCACACCGAUUGAGAUGUACAGCUGCUCUUGUCGGGUCGAGUUUUGUUUCUUCCCGAUAUUGCGAUUUGGGCGGCAAAUUUAACUGCCCGAAAUAUCCUGAUUUGCUGAUCUGUAAAUUUAAGAGUGUGUCACAUUUGGAAAGCCUGAUGCGUAACAUUCAUUUCAUCUGCUUGGAAGAAUCCAAUGUAUCCGAUUUGAAUUCAACUGACUACUUUUGUUUCAAGCCCGUCAUCUUUUUGCUCA